AUGAUUGCUGCUGGUACCGAACAUACUGCUGCAGUAACUGAAGACGGUGACCUCUACGGAUGGGGUUGGGGUCGAUAUGGAAACUUAGGCCUUGGUGACCGUAAUGAUCGUUUGCUUCCUGAAAAAGUAUCUUCUGUGGAGGAGGAAGGCAAGAUCAUGAAUACUACUCAAUGCUUCAGCGACCCUGUUUUCUCUUUCUGGUUUAACCGACAUGCUGAUGAAGGAGAAGGUGGUGAAAUUGUAUUUGGUGGAAUGGAUUCUAGCCACUACAAGGGUGAUCACACGUUUGUCCCAGUCACUCGGAAGGGAUACUGGCAGUUCAACAUGGGUGAUGUACUGGUUGAUGGAAAGUCCACUGGGUUUUGUGCCGGCGGCUGUGCAGCUAUGGCAGAUUCUGGAACUUCCUUGCUUGCUGGCCCCACAGCCAUAAUUACUGAAAUCAAUGAAAAGAUUGGUGCUGCUGGUGUAGUCAGCCAGGAGUGCAAGACUGUUGUUUCUCAAUAUGGACAGCAGAUCCUAGAUCUUUUGCUAGCUGAGACACAACCAGCGAAGAUCUGUUCUCAGGUUGGUCUGUGCACUUUUGAUGGCACUCAUGGUGUCAGUGCUGGAAUUCGGAGCGUAGUGGAUGAUGAAGCUGGGAAAUCAAAUGGUGGUCUCAAGAGUGAUCCAAUGUGCAAUGCCUGUGAGAUGGCUGUGGUAUGGAUGCAGAACCAACUUGCCCAGAACAAGACGCAGGAGCUCAUCCUGAACUACAUUAAUCAGCUUUGCGAGCGUCUUCCGAGUCCGAUGGGAGAAUCAGCCGUGGACUGUGGCAGUCUUGCGUCCAUGCCUGACAUUGUGUUCACCAUUGGAGGCAAGAAGUUCAAGCUGAAACCAGAGCAGUACAUUCUGAAGGUUGGUGAAGGACAGGCUGCCCAGUGCAUCAGCGGAUUCACAGCUAUGGAUAUCCCACCACCCCGUGGCCCUCUCUGGUAAAACCGUGCA